UAUCAUUACCCGCCUGUUCCGCCGCCUCUUUCUAUUCUGACCGAACCCUCCACGUGACCUCCCCACAACAAAACUAUCAUCAAAAAACACCAUGUCACUCUUUAUCUCACCGUCACCCUCGCUUACCCUCCACCCCCAUGCGUACGUUAGCCCCUCCAUGUCCGUCCUACGCCGCCUCCAUCUAAACCUUCGCUCCAGCCGCCGCCGCCUCGCCACCGUUUCCGCCGCUGUUCGUCAGGACACUACCGUCUGGACCCCAGCCCCACUCUCCGAGGUCGAGCCCGCUGCCGAGUCGCUCUUCCACGUCGCCAUCGACGUGUCUGACGCGCCUGACCUCGCCGCGUCCCACACAAUCGCCGGGCAGUACCUCCAGCUCCGCGUGCCCGACUCGUCCAAGCCCUCGUUCCUCGCCAUUGCAUCGCCGCCGAAGCUGGCCGCGAAGCAUGGCGUGUUCGAGUUCCUCGUGAAGAGCGUGGCGGGGUCCACCGCGGAAGCCCUGUGCGCGUUGAAGAGAGGCGAUGUGGUUGAACUAAGCCAAGUCAUGGGAAACGGAUUCAACAUCGAUCUGAUCGAGCCGCCCGAGAAAUAUGGAACCGUUAUCGUCUUCGCCACUGGAUCUGGAAUUAGUCCAAUUCGGUCUCUAAUUGAAUCGGGGUUUGAUGUGGGGAAUAGGUCUGAUGUAAGACUAUAUUAUGGGGCCAGAAACCUACAGAGAAUGGCUUAUCAGGAUAGAUUUAAAGACUGGGAAUCUUCUGGUGUAAAGAUUGUUCCUGUAUUGUCUAAACCUGAUGAUAGUUGGACUGGGGAAACUGGCUAUGUUCAGGCUGCAUUUUCAAAGGCAAAGCAGAUAUCUAACCCACUGGCAACUGGUGCCGUACUUUGUGGGCACAAACAGAUGACCGAGGAGGUGACGUCAAUUCUUGUUGCUGAUGGAGUAUCUGCAGAUAAGAUAUUGAAGAACUUCUGAUAAAAGUGGAGUUUGUUUUGUCAAAUUGCUCAUCAUACUUGUCAUUAGAUUUCGGGGAGUGCUGCCGCCUGUGAUUUCUCUCAUCAUCCAAGUGGUACCUGUGUUUGUGGUGAUGGUGGUGGUGAUGACGAUGAUGGCGACUAGGCUUCUUAUGCAUUGAUCUUUUGUUUUGAUCUUCAGAAUUUUCUUCUAAUGACUUUGAUCUGCUUCUUUGAACAUUACUGUUAUAAUCGGAAUCAGACGACCUCAGCUCCACGUUAUGUGAUCGCUUAUGAUGUUUAUGGUGCCUGCUGUGGCCUUUCUUUCGUAGAGCAUCGUCACUUUUAUUACUUGACAAGUCAGAUUCACUACACUCUGAUCGUCGAUGGCGUUUGCUAUGCUUUCCAUGAUUUCUUUUCCGAACCGUACUUUCACCUUCGUCAGAGUCACUUGAAUCUGAUCUUGAACCUCGAUCUCUCAGCCUCUUGCUCUGCUUCUUCUUUCUUCUCCUCUCCUCCUCAAAGCUACUCUCGGAGUCAUCAUUACUAAAAUCACUAGACUCUGAAGACAAUUUCUUUGUUUUCCUUUUCGAACUUUUUUCUUUCCUUUUCUCAUGGUCACCAGAGUCAUAGUGAGAAUGCUUCCUGUGCUUCCUAUGAGAUCUUUUACUUGUCCUAUUACUCUCAUCAUCACUGUCAUAAUAACUGUCACUAUCAGAAACUGACCUUUUUCUAUGCUUUGUAACCUUAAGUUUUCUCUCUUUGGCUUCAGCAGCAGCUUCCAGCUUCUGCUCCCAUUUCAAAGGGGCUUCCUUUCUCUCCAUGAUCUUCUUUUUCUUCUCCUCAACCAUCUGGAUGAAUCGUUUGGUGUCCAUUUAUACUCCAAAACCAACACAAAAACUGCAUUUGGAUCAAAUGAUGACCGGAAGUGCAUCUCACAGAAGAGAAAAAUCAAAGUUAGUUCGACAAUCAAAUCAAAUAAUUAUAUUGAAUACUUCCAAAGGAUUAGAAAAACAACUAAAACGAUACUUUGCAUUUCUUAUACGUUAUCCAUGAAA